CUGCGACACAUAUUUGCAGGUAACGUAGCCGGGAGUGCGCCGCCAAGACGGACACGCGCUCCGCCAUGUGGGACCCUCGCGCCUCGGGAACGACACCCCUCAGCGCAGUCCACCGCAGGUGAGGCGUUCAUUGCGGACGCUCCUGGACACUCCGGACACACCUGUGCAAAAAAUGGCGCAUUUCGGGACACUUUCGCUCACAAUCUGAUUGCCACGCGCGCGAAAUGACCGCGACUUGGCGCUUGCUGCUGGUGCUGAGCGUGGCGUGCGGCGCCGAGGCGACGUGCUCGCCCACGACCUUCUACAGGAACUGCUGGAUCCGCCGCUUCCCCGGGCUACUCAUCGACGUGGACGCGUCGGCGCGCCGCGGAGCGCAGCUGCUGCGCACCUACCAGGAGGACUCGGCGGUCAAGUGCAGCAGGACAUGCUGUCUGAGCCGCAACUUCUCCUGUAACUUGGCUGUGUUCCACUACGACACCGCCCAGGAGAGCGUUAACUGCUUCCACCUCCACUGUCCUACCCUGGAGAGCUGCAUCCUGAAGCACAGAGGAAAUGUCAUCCUUUACAACAUCACAGCAGGUGCAGACCCUGACUUACUCGUCUUUGGGAAGUACUUCUCCACUGUGCGUGCAUGGCCUCAGCUCUCAUCCAGGCUCAACUCAUCAGAGGUUCACGUCUCAGACAAACGUCACUUCAACCGCCUGCCCAUGCCUCCUGUUCUGCCCCGGACCCCGUCAUCUUCUCCUAAGCCUGGAAAAAAUUUGGUCAGCUCCACCUCGGAUACUCACCCACCUCUAUCUCGGUCUGGCAGCUCUACCCAAAGUACUCCUAAAUCCCAAUCUGAUGCUGUAAUACCCAUCAUCACAAAACCACUUCCUACCAUAUCUGGUUCCACCCACAUCCCUUCUGCGGUUUCACAUACUACACUUCGCUUCAUCUAUAGAACCACUACGACCUCACCCACUAGAGUCACUUCCACCAUCAUCACCCCUACAGCCUCACUCAAAGCAACCAGCCCUACCUACCCAGUUCCUCCAAGCUCAACCACUGCAGCCAGUGCUACCUUCACCACCUCUACAACCUCAACCACUGCUGCCAGCUCUACCUUCAUCAACCCUACAUCUUUACGCGAAUCAACUAGCUCUGCAUACCCAUUUCAUAUAACCUCAACUACUCCAGCCAGCUCUGCCUACAUCACACAUACAGCCUUCCUCAAAGCAGCCAUCUCUGCCCAAACCCUUACACCGAGACCCAUCAUAGCCAGCUCCGGCUCCCAAGUAGGCACACAUACCGAAGAUGCUAUUAGCUCCACUGAUACUAGCAUAUCGUCAUCCAUUACAGCUCGUUUUUCCUCCACCACCAUCACAGUCCCGCCUGUCGUUACCAGCUCCGCUUCCAUCACAUCAUCAACUCCAUUUACAAGAGACCGAUCUAUCUCCACCACUUCCACAACAUCCCUCGGCCGCUCCACCAGCAGACCCGCUGAUCAGCUUACCACCCGCAGUCAGUCCUCAAAUACCCCAGGCUAUCAUGCACCAUCCUUGCAUCUCAUCACUGCUACUCCUGUGAGCACCCGACCCCAUUCCUUCCCCAUUGGUCCAGCCAACAUCGAUAGCGGGAAGCAACACCCCAACGAUACCAAGGGCUACGCGAACAGGAACCACACUGCUGGAGACAGUGAGGGCAAUGGAGUAAAGCCUGCCCCGGAGACUCCAAACUGGUAUGGAGCAGCUAAAGCCCUGCUGGUUCCUGUGGUGGUGAGCGCUGCCAUACUUUUGGGUUGUUGCUGCAGUGUGCUGCUUGCCUUCAGCUGGAGGGACAAGAGGAAGGGCCUCUACAGGACAUCCUGGGGAAAGAAGAGGGGAUCCAUGCGACUCGUCAAGUAUGUGAUUGUUAAAGAAAAUUUUUGACCAGGCUUGGGGGCAUGGUGGUCCAUCACAACGAAUGUAAAAAAUGUGUGUUUAUGGAUAGGGACCCAGGCCUGUGCCAGCGCUGCAACUUUUGGCCUAGAAGGGAUGUUUUCAUCCGUUGUGUAAUAGUUUACACAAAAUGGGGAGAGAAUACCCCCACCCGCAACAAAAAACAUUUGAAAAAUUCUGGAAAAUAAGUUUGGGCACUUUAAUGGUUGUUCUGCUAAUAAGACAUCACGUUUGAUUUCACUAAAUAAUGUAUACAUUCAUCUUUUUUAUUCUGAGACUGCAGCUGGAAUGAACUGCUGUUCAAUAGACUUUUAUAGAAGCAGAGCUUUCAACUCUCCUGGCUUCAGGCUUUGCUACCAGAACAACUGCUUUAAUUAAGUUUUGAUCAAAAUGAAACUGCUGCUUUAUUACUUACAACAGACUGCAGUGUUAUAGUGUCAUAAUUUUUAAACGUUAAACAGUCAGCAUGAUCUAAAUAGUUUCUUUUUCCUUUGGAAUAAAUCUCCCUGAGGAUGGCGUAGCAAUAAAUACUAACAUUUGAAGCAUGGAGGCUGAAAAACCUAAAGAUAAACAUAUUUCUCACCAUUUACAACAGCUUGAAAAGGUUUUCUUAGGUUAGCCUUGUUUUUUUUUAU